GGCCACCACGGUGGUGGGCCUAGCAGACGACGACAUGUUGGUUACGGGGAGCACCUCGUCUCGGAUGUUUCGGCCGCGAGUUUCCUCGGGAAUCCUUGAGUGAGGUGGGUGAGUGAGGUCGGCGAACGAGGGAGGUGCGAGGAGGAGGAACACGCGACCAACUCGUGAGGUCCGAUGAGAUCGUAACGUUCGGACCCUAGUGUACAGUGCGGGGGCGGUUCUUCCGUCAUUUUUUUGGCGGUGUUCACAGGACAUAGGGAUGGUUGUUCAGGCCCAACUUUACAUUCCAUCUUUACAGUUGUGUAAUAUAAAUACUUUGUGAAGAACAAUAAGGGAAUAUACGUACUCGAAUCUAUACGUCAAGUUUAGUAUGAGUGAAUGCGUGUGCGCGCGCGUGUAUACAUAUAAAACAUGGACGGUAGUAUAUACAUAAUAUACCUGAGUAUAUGUAGAGUGUUGGUAGUGAAAGAAAAAUAGAUAAAUUUCGAAAAUAGAAUAAAAAAGGUGAAGUAGAGAACAAGUGGUUAAUAAAGAGAGUAAGUUAUUAACAAUAGAUUGAAUGUGGUAUUGAUAUUGGUGGAGAUAUAUAAAGUGUAACUUGAGGGUAACGAUAAAAGUAGAGAGAAACAUUGGGAUUGUCGAAACUCGAGUCUGUCGACUGUAGGCUCAAUUCGGAGCACGAGCCGCGAGCAAUCUAUUUUAACGUUGAAUCGGUGGGACAAGAAGUCAAAAGAGUAGGGGACAAGAAGCAACGAGACGAGGUUGUAUCUCGAUGAACACGCGCCUCCGUGUGUCAUCACGUUGUCGUCGUUAUUGUCGUUACUACUGUCGAUUUAUUAUAACGCACAUUAGUGUGGUAUAAGCCAACAACCAAAGAUCGCUGGUGCAUGGUGCUUGUAAUUCUACCCGGCAUCUUGUGUCAUAGAAGAAUCAUUGAAUCCAGGAAAAGAAUUAUCAAAAGUGCUACUUGGGUGUAUGAUCAAGCUUCAACUCGAAAAUUGAUAUGUUCAGCACCAGUAGUAUCUAAUGUGGUUAUUACCUGUAAGUGCAUCAGUAGAGUUAAAAAAAAGGUGGAAUUACUUGAAAAGAAAAGUUGGCUAGACCGACGUAAAUGUCUCUGGCGCCGUCGGCUUCAAGUGAGUAGCCAAGAGGAAAAGCAAGAGAGAAAGCAGAUUGUCAAAGAGAAGACAAGAAGAGAGAAUAAAUAGGAGUAUAGAGCAAUACUCUGCCGGUUGGUUGGACAUUUGGUUGGUUGAUUAUCGCCCUUUUUGAAAACGCUACACGCGGCUGCUGCCGCUUCAACAGGCUCACCGUCCAAAACAGUGCUGUUGUAGUAUAGUGCAGUAGUAGGAUGAUGGUAGUUAUGGUCUUACGGGGUGAAGAGAAAGGUGCAAAGUGAGCGCGCGCGUGCUUCAUCCCUAUAUCUAAUAGAGGAGAAAAAAAGAACAAAAAAAGAGCCCACGAACCAAGUAAAGAAAGAAGGUGUGAGAUCAGAGAUUGGUGGAUGGGCUAGUGACUAUCAGAAUUUAGAUUUAUUUAUUGGUGUGGAGAUCAAAGGAUUGGAAAUUCAAGAAAAAGACGGCGGGAGUUGUUGAAGUUGUGUUAAGAACACUGACGCCGCGAGUGUGACAGGUAAACAGAUAAGAGGAGGUGAAUUAAUAAUUGUUGGUGGUGCUGUUACUGUCAUUAGUGGCAGUGGAGGAAGAAGAAGAAGAGAAGGUGGAGGGGGCGGGGGCAGAAGACGACGAGGAAGAGGAAGAAAAGGUGGCGAGAGGUUGGAAACAGGAGAGGCUAAGAAAAAAAAGGAAAUCCAAAAUUCAAGAGGCCAGUGCUGUGUAUGAGCCUUUAUUUCUCGCUUUUGCGAUAGAAAUAUCGUCCGAUAGGUCUGUGAUACUCACGCCUAUAAUUCGUGGCGUGUUGUUUGACGGAUAAUUAAGUGGGUGUAGUAGAGUGAAUAGACAGAAGACGAAGGAAGAAAUUAAGCUGUGUGGCUCGUAUGUCAUGGGGUGUUUCGGGAGUCAGAGCAGUAAGGCUAGUCAGGAUGACAGUAAGAACCAGAAGAGGCGGUCAGAUGCGAUCACGAGGCAGUUGCAGAAGGAUAAACAAGUUUACAGAGCCACACACAGGCUUCUGUUACUUGGGGCGGGAGAGUCCGGUAAAAGCACGAUCGUCAAACAAAUGAGGAUAUUGCACGUCAACGGCUUCAGUGAAGCGGAGAAGCGGCAAAAAAUAGAAGAUAUCAAGAAAAACAUCAGAGAUGCAAUCGUGACGAUAACAAGCGCCAUGAGCACAUUGACGCCACCUGUGACGCUCGAGGAUCCAUCAAAUCAGAGUAAAGUCGACUAUGUAUUGGACGUAUCGUCUUCCCCAGACUUUGAUUACCCUCCGGAGUUUUAUGGAAUCGUUGAAGCCCUCUGGAAAGAUCGGGGAGUCCAGCAAAGCUUUGAAAGGAGUAACGAGUACCAAUUGAUUGACUGCGCUAAAUACUUUCUAGACAAAGUUGCAAUCGUGAAGCAGCCGGAUUAUACACCAACCGAGCAGGACAUCCUCAGGUGUCGUGUUCUCACAUCAGGUAUCUUUGAAACGCGGUUUCAAGUCGACAAAGUUAACUUCCAUAUGUUCGACGUUGGUGGGCAAAGAGAUGAAAGGAGAAAGUGGAUACAGUGUUUUAAUGAUGUAACAGCGAUUAUAUUUGUCACUGCAUGUAGUAGUUAUAAUAUGGUGCUCAGGGAAGACCCAACUAAAUUGAGACUCAGGGAAAGUCUCGACUUAUUUAAAAGCAUUUGGAAUAAUCGGUGGCUUCGAACGAUAUCAGUAAUCUUGUUCUUAAAUAAACAAGAUCUUUUAGCGGAAAAAAUAAAGGCAGGUAAGCACAAAUUGGAGGACUACUUUCCGGAAUUUUCGCGAUAUCAAACACCAGUGGAGCCUGGUGUAGUAGCAGAUCCUAGUGAACCUCCGGAAGUGAUACGAGCCAAAUAUUUCAUCAGAGAUGAAUUUCUUCGCAUCAGUACGGCCAGUGGAGAUGGCAAACACUACUGUUACCCUCACUUUACGUGCGCAGUCGACACGGAAAACAUCAAGAGAGUAUUCAAUGACUGUCGUGACAUAAUUCAGCGUAUGCAUCUGCGUCAAUAUGAGCUCUUGUGACUUCAUUCCUGCCGUUGCUUAGUGUCGUCUGCCCAAGAAAAUUAUUUUCCAUUUCAUAACCCUCUCUAUAUCGUCUCGAAUUAAUCAAGAUAAACGCCAAAUGUCUCGGCAACUAUCAUUAAUUCAAUAAUGUGUCGAUUUAUCGAUGAGAGAAAAUAUGGAAAAUGAACGGAUUUAUUAAUUAUAAUUGCAUACACUCACACACGUUAAUUAUAUAUAAAUAUAUUAAUAUAUAAACAUACGCGUGAGCAGUCAUGGAUAAUGUCAUUUAUGGGGCAUUAAAUAACGUCUAAAAUUCAUUUUCUCUACAAAGAGCAAAGCUUUACCAAAUCAAAUUAUUUAAUGAAGGUUAAACUUAACGAGCCACUAAUUCCUCUCCUUGAUCGGCCGGCAGAAUUGUCUUUUCUAGCGAGAUGAACAAGAUUAUAUAUAUAUACGCGAUACAAGCUCCAAAGGCUCGUAAGAGAAAAACAACAACAAAAUAAAGUUUAUUUAUUUUUCUUAUUCUUUUUUUCAAUGUCCCACUUAAUACACUGUGAUUUGUUACCUCGAACAAUAUUUUUUAUUUGUACAAAUCGUGUUCCUAGGUGGGCGAACAGUGAAUUUGUUACCGUAGGAAAUUGUGUAUCCGCGAAUAUUGUAUGAAUGAUAAAUAAUUGAUUCGAAUUCUAUUUUACAAAGCAUUGAGAGAUAAUUCAUGGUAUUCAUUGUAUUCAUUCGCUUGCUGUAAUCAUUUUAGUGUUCUUUUCAAUAAGAAUAUGAAUCUCCUAAAGACUCCAUUUCUUACACAGUUGAAUCUCUAAUAGCUUUGAACCUCAACAACUUUUUACAGUCUCCAACAUUUAUUUUAUAUCAAAUGGCACAUUCUCAAAAAAAAACGUUUCAUUUACAUAAUUUUUUAUGUAACAAGUAUUUUAUGAAAUUUUACAGUAUUUCAAGGAGUGUUUUAAUUAUAGAAUUUUAUUAAUUAAACUAAUUGUAUAUUAAAUAAUUAUCACAUUAUUCAGUUUUGAGUAAUUAUUAUUUAAUAAUUACAUCUCGACAAUUAGGAUCUUCCGUUUAAUUUCAUUUUAUGUUUGUUUUCUUUUUUACAAAUAUAGAUUUAUAUUUGUUUUUUUUCUUUCAUAAUUACAUUGUAAAAACGUCAAUGAAAGUUAUUAAAUCAAGUCUGUAAAUAUUAUCUUGAUAAAGCCCACCGCCGGUCAGGAGAUUACAACGGGCUUACGAGAGGAUGCUCGACACAUCUCUUCGACAAUUUAUGAUUGUGCUUACACAUUCGGUACAUCGUUAUUCCAACGUGACGAAAGUGAUGAAACGAAUAGUGUUUUGCAUAUAUUUAAAAAUACAAUAAAAUUAAAUUUGAUUUAAUUAUCUUAAAAUUAAAAAUAAACGAUUUAGUCAACUCUUCCAGAAUAUGGAAUAUGUGUGUAUGACAAAAAAAAAAUCAUUAUGUGUGUAUAUAUAAAACAAAUAAUUCAUAAAUAUAUAUAUAUAAACACAUAUGAAAAAAAAUAAAUCUAUAUAAAGUGUGUGAAUAUGAGUGUACAGUCGUAUAUACGUGUAUACGAGUAUGAAAGGGUAUGUUAUGAUUUUAAAAAAAUUAAAUUCUUCAAUUUUACUAUUACAUUUGCAAAGCAAACAUGUACGUGCGCGCACGCAUAAAAAUAACAACGCAACAGGCCGCAGAACAGCAAUUAAAUGUAUGAUGAGGCCAAUUAAUGCAAUGUAAAAAAUUUUUAUACAUGCAACUGAAACAUUUUAUCAUAAUUGUGCAACUUGUAAACUAACUUUUUAGUAAAUUUUAAAUGUUAGUAUUUAUAUUUAAUUAUAUUCAUUCGUAAAACAAAUUAAUAAUAAUUAUUGUAUUAUCAUUAUGUUUUUGUAAAACAUUUUGUCGAGCGUGCACGCACGUUUACACGCACACAAUUUUUAAUAGACUAUUUAAUUAUUGAACGAAUGAACGAUUGAUUAAUUAUUCGAUUAAUAAAGUGUCUAUUACAUUUAUCAUGUCUUUAAAAGAUUUUAGCAAUUUUUAAAUUUAUUUAUAAUGUCAAACUAUUUUUAAGUUGGCAAUUUUACCGCAUUAUACACGUGCAAUUUGAUGAUAAUUAGACAAAAAAAAAUAUUGGUGUCAUGUAAUUUAUAUAUGUAA